UAAACUUCUCACCCAAAAAAGGAAGUGGGGUGGACAACUAGAUGAUCUCAAAGUCUCGUGCUGGCGCGAGUGAGGCGGCUUGGUGCUUUAGAAGGAGCGGGACCUUUGAAGGCAGACUGGGGUUUGGAUCUGGCCUCGUCAUUUACAAGCGUUUCAUCUCCUCACCCUCAGUUUCUUCAGAUGUGCCACAGAAUUAACAAUACCUACCUGAAACUGGAUGGCUUCUACAGGGAGCCAGGCCUCCGAUAUAGACAAGAUUUUUGGAUUCUUCAGUGAUGGCGCACCCCCCACCAAAAAGCCCAGGAAGCUGCUUCCAAGCUUAAAAGCCAAGAAGCCUCGGGAGCUCGUGCUGGUGAUUGGAACAGGCAUUAGUGCUGCGGUCGCUCCUCAGGUUCCAGCCCUGAAGUCUUGGAAGGGGUUAAUUCAGGCCUUACUAGAUGCCGCCAUUGAUUUUGACCUUCUAGAAGAUGAGGAAAGCAAAAAAUUUCAGAAAUGUCUCCAUGAAGACAAGAACCUUAUCCAUGUUGCCCAUGACCUCAUCCAGAAACUCUCUCCUCGUACUAGCAAUGUUCGAUCCACAUUUUUCAAAGACUGUUUAUAUGAAGUAUUUGAUGACUUGGAGUCAAAGAUGGAAGAUUCUGGAAAACAGCUGCUUCAAUCAGUUCUCCACCUGAUGGAAAAUGGAGCGCUGGUAUUAACUACAAAUUUUGACAAUCUCCUGGAACUGUACGCAGCAGAUCAGGGAAAACAGCUGGAAUCCCUUGACCUUACUGAUGAGAAAAAGGUCCUAGAGUGGGCUCAGGAGAAGCGGAAGCUGAGUGUGUUACACAUCCAUGGGGUCUACACCAACCCUAGUGGCAUCGUCCUUCAUCCAGCUGGGUAUCAGAAUGUGCUCAGGAACACUGAAGUUAUGAGAGAGAUUCAGAAACUCUAUGAAAACAAGUCAUUUCUUUUCCUGGGUUGUGGCUGGACUGUGGAUGACACCACUUUCCAAGCCCUUUUUCUGGAGGCAGUCAAGCAUAAAUCUGACUUAGAACAUUUCAUGCUGGUUCGGAGAGGAGAUGUGGAUGAGUUCAAGAAGCUUCGAGAAAACAUGCUGGACAAAGGGAUUAAGGUUAUCUCCUAUGGAAAUGAAUAUGCUGAUCUUCCGGAAUAUUUCAAGCGACUGACAUGUGAGAUCUCCACGAGGGGUAGAUCAGCAGGGAUGGUGAGAGAAGGUCAGCUAAAUGGCUCCUCUGCAGCACACGGUGAAAUAAGAGACUGUAGUACAUGAGAGCACUACACAAAUCUCCACCACUAGAUCAAGCUCUGAGGCCCUACCGUGGACAGUGUUUAAGAAGUAAACUUACAAGAACCCAACACAGCUCCUAGGAAGUACCAAAACCAGAGGCUGACGGCUGGGGGUGGUGUGGGGAGAAACAUUCCAACUUAAUCCUUUAUGCCAGCUGGUUCUUGAUCUUCUGUGGCCUGCUCCAGUUCAAGAAUACCCACGUGACAAUGGGACCCAAGGGCAGCCCCCACCCCACCCCCAGCUGGACAUGCUUGUGUCCACGCAGCAGACCAUGCGACACCUCCACUGACGGGGCUGCUGCUCCGCAUGAAGGACUUGGAUCUGCACGCCAUGUAGGCAUCGUGGCCCUGGUUGCAGUUUUGUACUCUCUAUGUGGUUUUUCAAUUAAGCUUAAUGGCUUUUUUAAAACAUGACUUGAAGCUCUAGUUUUCUAGAUCUUUUACAGUGUACAGUAUUUUACAUAAAUGAGCUGUAUUAAAAGCUUGUUCAUUUA